AUGGGGACAAGCGGGCAGUUUCUCACCUUGGUCUUGAUUAUUCACUUUGCAGAUUCUGAGCAGAGCACGGGGUCGGACUCCGAGGUGCUCACUGAGCGGACCUCCUGCUCCUUUAGCACUCACACUGACCUUGGGUCUGGUGCCGCAGGCCCCGUGCCUGCUGCCAUGUCUUCCAUGGAGGAGAUUCAGGUGGAGUUACAAUGUGCUGACCUCUGGAAGAGGUUCCAUGAUAUCGGAACGGAGAUGAUCAUCACCAAAGCAGGAAGGAGGAUGUUUCCCGCCAUGAGAGUGAAAAUCACUGGUCUGGAUCCACAUCAGCAAUACUAUAUAGCAAUGGACAUUGUGCCUGUGGAUAAUAAAAGAUACAGAUAUGUGUAUCAUAGCUCCAAGUGGAUGGUGGCUGGCAACGCUGACUCCCCUGUGCCCCCACGGGUUUACAUCCACCCGGAUUCCCUAGCUUCUGGAGACACCUGGAUGAGACAGGUGGUUAGUUUCGACAAACUCAAGCUGACCAACAAUGAAUUGGAUGAUCAAGGACAU